GAGCGAGAGGGCAGGGCUGGGUCCUGAGAGAAGCUUGCUGAAAAGAGGAAGGGGCCUGUAGCAUUGUCCAUGUUCGGCAUCAGCCCUGAGAGCAGGAGUCUGUUGAAGUGGGCUGGGAGGUUUGCUCCUGGAUGCCGUGUAAACACACCCUGCAAGACCAGAGAGCAGCAGGUUGGGUUUGCCUGUUGAGCUCUCUGAGCCAAAGAGAAGGUGGCCCUGGGGCGAGGCAAGAGUCCAGGCAGGCCAGAGGACAGCCUGACCUCCAGAUUUUCCGUAAAGACCCUGCUGGAGAAAUACACCACGGAGCCCAUUGACGAUUCGUCGGAGGAGUUCAUCAACUUUGCUGCCAUUCUAGAGCAGAUCCUGAGUCACCGUUUCAAAGGUCCCGUCAGUUGGUUCAGCUCCGAUGGGCAGCGCGGCUUCUGGGAUUACAUCCGCCUGGCCUGCAGCAAGGUCCCCAACAACUGCGUCAGCAGCAUCGAGAACAUGGAGAACAUCAGCACUUCUAGGGCCAAGGGCCGGGCCUGGAUCCGCGUGGCGCUGAUGGAGAAACGCAUGUCGGAAUACAUCACCACGGCCCUGAGGGACACCAGAACCACCAGAAGGUUUUACGACGACGGGGCUAUCAUGCUGCGAGAGGAGUCUACCGUGCUCACUGGGAUGCUGAUCGGCCUCAGCGCCAUUGACUUCAGUUUCUGCUUGAAAGGGGAAGUAAUGGACGGGAAAACCCCUGUGGUCAUUGACUACACCCCGUAUCUGAAGUUUACACAGAGCUACGAUUACCUGAGCGACGAGGAGGACCGGAGGAGCAUGGAGAGCAGCACGAGCGAGGAGAGCUCCCCCGAGCACCCCUACCAGCUGCUGGUCACCGACGAGGACAGCUGGUACAACAAGUGGCGUAAGAUGGAGCAGAAGUUCCGCAUCGUGUAUGCGCAGAAGGGGUACCUGGAGGAGCUGGUGCGGCUUCGGGAAUCCCAGCUGAAGGACCUGGAGGCAGAGAACAAGCGUCUGCAGAUGAGGCUGGAGGAGGUGAAGGUGCAGAACCAGCUGGAGAAGAGGGAGCUGGAGGGCGUCAUCUUGGAACUGCAGGAGCAACUGACGGGCCUGAUCCCCUGUGAGAACACCCAGCUCUCCAAGGAGAUGGCCACGCCGCUGGCGAACCAGUGGCCGUCGCUGGGGACCCUCAAUGGGAACGAGAGCGGGUCAGACGCCAAGCUGUACAGGAGGCACAGCUUCAUGAGCACGGAUCAGCUGUCGGCGGAGAUCAGCCUGAGCUCGGAUUCCCAGAGGCUGGGGGAAGGCAAGCAAGAAGGAGAGCCCUGGGGGCCAUUGGGGAAGGACCCCACCCCAUCCAUGCUGGGGCUCUGCGGCUCCCUGGCCUCCCUCCCAAGCUGCAGGUCCCUGGCCAGCCUGAAAUCUAACGAGUGCCUGGUGAGUGACAGCAACGAAGCCAGCCCCACCCACAGCCCCAGUUGAGACGCUGGGCGGCGCCACUUGUCCUGGGAUCGGCGGGUCCCACCGGGGAGCCAAGAGGCGAACCAAGGAGCCGCCACCAUCUCAAACCAACGGGACCAAAGCGACAGGCAAAUGGACCUUACUGAACUUCUUGAGGGGCUGGGGUAACCAGCCCCACCCUGGCUGAUUCGCUGCAUCCUUACAGACGCGGGCCCCAUUCCUACCGAGGGACGCUUAACCGAGUACUUAAUAUCCUACGCGCGUACGGAGCCGGAAGGAUCCCGACGUGCUUUGUGAAAUGUGCUGCAGAAAAGCAGCCACCUCUGGGGUGGACCAAGGCAGCCGUUUAACCGCCGUGCUGCACAGCAGCUGAAGGACAGGGCGUGAAGAAGGAUCCUGCACCUGACUGAAAUUGCAAAAGUGGGAGGAGUUGGGGGGGGCAGGACAUAAAUCCUGCACCUGGAGCUUUCGCUUGGCUGGAAAGGGUGAAGCGUGGAGGCGGGGUGGGGCACUGUCACACGGCCAUGGCCUCCCCUUGGGGCACGCCCUGGCCAGCGUCCCACCCUGGGGACUUUAUCACUGCUCUGGAACCAGCUGAUUGGGGCCGAGAUGCCUCCUCCCAGCAGGACGCUGUGUGGCCCCCCUAGGCACGUGAGACACCCAGAGCAGGGAGCUGGGGGGCUGGGAAGGGGAGGAACUGUCAGCUCGUACCUGCUUCCCUCAGCCCGGCAUCACAGCCAUGGACUCUUGUGCCCUUCUGCCACAGGCCGGAUGCUUUGACAAAGUGGCUUUGCAGCCCAGGGGGCUGCCUGCCCCGUGGAGGUGAGACCCCCAGACAGCUCCCUCCUCCGGUUUUGCGUGCCCCGUCAUGCCCAGCAACCAUCCCCGCCUCGGUGGGGGGAGGGGAUUCUGCCUCCUCCACCACCCAUGUCCUGUGUGUAGGAACCUGCUGCUGCCAUGCGUGUCUCGCUCCUGAGCGCCCCCAGCCGGGGCAUGUCGUGCACCCUCUGACGGGGAGAAUCGCCCCAGUGCCCCCCUGACGUUUUCUAGCCCCGGCUCGGGGGAGGCCGUCGAAGCAAACAGACAAUAAAUGCAGAUAUGAGCUGGGUCUGAUUUGGAGUGAGGGGGGGCUAAGCCGGUGCCACGGUCAGUCUCCCAUUGUUUUCAAUGUAGAUGUAACCCCCCGGGCCGGGCAUUGUAGGGGCCCCUCAGUGCCCCCCCUGCAGACACAUGCGUCUCUUACAACCCCAGAUAGACGCGUUCUUUAGCUCAGGCUAAGAGCAGGUGCUUGGAGCUCUGGGUCAAUCCUGGGCUAUUUGCCAGCUGGCGGUCAGUGCAGAUAGAGCGAAACACCCACACAAAAUGCCCUGGCACCCGCUGGGGCUCCUGUAGCUGAUGGAAACUGGCUCCCUAACGAGGGAGUUGCGGGGGGACGUUACGGUGAGACUGAGUCAUGACAAUUCAGGCAGGGUGCCCCAGGGGUCAUGGAGGUAGGCGCAUGCACCCACCCUCCAAGCCUGGCGCAAGGGUGCCCAGCUCCUCCGCCACUAGCCACCGCGCCCCUCUCCAUCACAGCCAAGCCAUUCAGCUGCAGCCCCUGAUUUUAGAAGCCCCCCACAAGGUACCUUGUGGCCUGAUUUUCAGAGAGCGCUGAGCCCCCGUGCGACUGCUCGCAAAUGCCUGCAGUCAAUGGGAGCUAGCGGUGCUGAGCACCAAUGCAACCCGGGUUCCCCGUGAGCUCUCACGCUGGGUCCCUGCAGCCAGCAGCCAUUGGGGGGGGGUGUUGCAGCAGCCUGCGGAGGUACAGGUGCAGCUGCCCUCAUGCCUAACCCUAGCGCUACACCGCUGGGCGCCAUCCUCCCGGGGUUAAGCGGACGUCUGCUCAAGCUGUCCCGGAAAGACCUCAGCCAGACCCGCGCGCCUGGCUCUGCACUGAAGCCGGCUGCAAACAGCGCUGGGCCUGCUAGGGGCAUGUCCGAGCGAGGGGCCCAUGAUGCCGUUGGAGCACAGGGAGAGGCCUGAGGACCUGGGCACGUUCGUGCUUGAAGGCAAGGAGCUGAGGCGCUCGCCGUGUCAGGUCAGGGGCUUCACCGACCCAGGCUCCCUCUCUGGGGUUUUCUCUGAUCCACCCCAGCCUUAGGGUGGGGCCUCUCCUGCCCGGGUGCCCACGGCAUUCCUGCAAGGGGGGGUUUGGCUCGUCUGCCGCCUAGCGCAGCUGGGGGCACUAACGGAGGCUCUUUGGUGGAGGAUGCUCUGGGAGGCAGCUGGGGUGAGGGGAUGAGCCCCGGAGGCUCAGGGCCUGUUAACCGCUGGCUGCUCUGCGAGGCUCAGGCACAGCGUACUGGCAAGGGGGGGAAGGAGAGGGCCGACCCUGGGGCAGCAGCCUUCAACCCCCUUUGUUAGCAGGGCCGAGCAGGGCGCUGCUGAGAGGAAGGCGUUUGCAGAGAGCCAGGAUUCCUCUUGCUGUGUGCGGGGUGGGGUGGGGGGUGAGCCCCUCGCAUUACUCUCACCUCAGGCAGGAAGUAAUGGAGGUGAGGUCCGUGUAGAUACAGCAGAGCGGCAGGUCAGGACUCCAGCGACCAGGCACCGCAGGGAUAACCAUGGGACAAGGUAGGGGCAUCACUGCUCCACGUUCCCCAGUGCCAGCUGACCGGGGGAGGCAGCUGAAAAGGAGCCACGCUGCAUCUACAGCUGAGCAGGGGCCACAACAGGAACGCACCCAGGGCAGAGAGCAGCCCAGCUCUGGGCUUGGGACUCCUGCUUUUCGGCCAAGCACUCCCCCGGCCUAGCCCCUUCCCCUCCAGGGUCUCAAGGCACUUCCCAGCGCUCAGGUGACUGGCAGUCUCUCCUGUGAGACCAGGCGGUAUCACCCCACUCACUACAGCAGGGAAACUGAGGCACACAGGGAGGCUGGGGCAGAGCUGAGAUGACAACCAAGAUCCCCUGAAUCCCAUCCCAGUGCCUUAACCACAAGCUGGGCCGCCUUCUCCUACAGAUGCCUGUGUGUAAAGGGCCCGAGGUGUGUUUGCCCCUUGGAAAGCAGCCUCAGCCCCAGCAGGAUUGUGGCCCCCUCCAGGUCUGAACCCCACCACAGGGUGGGGGCGUGCGUGGCAGUAUCACAGCUUUGCUGCUGAACCUCGUUUGGCUGGAGGCAGGGUAGGGUAAGGCUGGGGGAAGCAGGCACUGAUCCAAG